CUAAGCCGUGUGGGGGCCGCCUGAACUCCAAGGAUGCUGGAUACAUCACCUCCCCGGGAUACCCCAAUGACUACCCGUCCCACCAGAACUGCGAGUGGGUCAUCUAUACCCCUGAAUCCAACCAGAAGAUUAUACUCAACUUCAACCCUCACUUUGAAAUUGAAAAGCACGACUGCAAGUACGACUACAUCGAGAUCCGAGACGGGGACAGUGAAGCAGCAGACCUGCUGGGCAAGCACUGUGGGAACAUAGCACCUCCUACAAUCAUCUCUUCUGGCCCCUCUCUCUAUAUCAAGUUCACCUCGGACUAUGCACGGCAAGGUGCCGGCUUCUCCCUGCGCUAUGAGAUCUAUAAGACAGGCUCUGAGGACUGCUCCAGAAACUUCACUGCCUCCAACGGCACUAUUGAGUCUCCAGGUUUCCCUGACAAGUAUCCACACAACCUGGACUGUGUCUUCACCAUCAUAGCUAAGCCAAAGACAGAAAUUCUCCUCCACUUUCUGCUCUUCGACCUCGAGCACGACCCGCUACAGGCAGGGGAAGGAGACUGCAAGUAUGACUGGCUGGACAUCUGGGAUGGCAUCCCUCAGGUUGGCCCCUUGAUAGGCAGGUAUUGUGGCACAAAGGUGCCAUCGGAUAUCCGCUCAACCACCGGUGUCCUCUCACUCACCUUCCACACGGAUCUGGCAGUGGCUAAAGACGGUUUCUCUGCUCAGUACUACUUGAUCCAGCAGGAAGUCCCAGAAAACUUCCAGUGCAACGUGCCGCUGGGGAUGGAGUCUGGCAAGAUCUCCAACAUGCAGAUCAGUGCUUCAUCCACCUACUCAGAUGGGCGAUGGACCCCUCAACAGAGCCGGCUCAACAGUGAUGACAAUGGCUGGACGCCCAAUGUAGACAGCAACAAAGAGUACCUCCAGGUGGACCUCCACUUCCUGACUGUGCUCACAGCUAUUGCCACACAGGGUGCCAUCUCCAGAGAAACCCAGAAUGGCUACUAUGUCCGUACCUACAAGCUGGAGGUCAGCACCAAUGGGGAGGACUGGAUGAUGUACCGACAUGGGAAAAACCACAAGACAUUUCAGGCCAACGAGGACGCCACGGAGGUGGUUCUCAACAAGAUCCACAGCCCGGUGCUCACACGCUUCGUGCGCAUCCGACCCCAGAGCUGGCACAACGGCAUUGCCCUGAGGCUGGAGCUGUAUGGCUGCCGCAUCACCGAUUCACCCUGCUCCAACUUGCUGGGAAUGCUUUCUGGCCUCAUCCCUGACUCGCAGAUCUCGGCCUCUUCCAUCAGAGGCUAUGACUGGUCUCCCAGCAUGGCCCGCCUGGUGAGCAGCCGCUCGGGCUGGUUUCCCCGUGUCCCCCAAGCCCAGCCUGGGGAGGAGUGGCUGCAGGUGGACCUUGGCAUCCCAAAGAAUAUCAAAGGCGUCAUUAUCCAGGGGGCUCGAGGAGGGGACAGCGUGACUACCACUGAGUCCCGCUCCUUCGUGAAGAAGUUUAAGGUGGCCUACAGCAUGAAUGGAAAGGACUGGGACUUCAUCCAGGACCCCAAAACAAUGCAAGCCAAGCUUUUUGAAGGCAACAUCCACUACGAUAUCCCUGAAGUCCGGAGGUUUGACCCUGUUCCUGCUCAGUACGUCCGAGUGCACCCGGAGAGAUGGUCCCCAGCGGGAAUAGGAAUGCGCCUGGAGGUGCUGGGCUGCGACUGGACAGAUGUAAAGCCCACUGCAGAGACGCUGGUGCCUACUUUGAAGAGUGAAGAGACCACCACCCCAUACCCAUCUGAUGAAGAGGCAACUGAGUGUGGUGAUAGCUGUGGAGAAGAGGACGAUUUCCAUCUCCCUGCGAACUUCAACUGCAACUUUGAUCUCCCUGAAGACCUCUGUGGUUGGUCACACGACACAACAACAGGUUACAUGUGGUCUUUUCAGUCUACAAGCACCUGGAUUGAUAACUCUGAACCAAGCCCUGAGACUGUGCCUGAUGGUAAGAAUUACCUGCAGCUGCAGAGCAGCGGAAGGAGGGAAGGCCAGCGAGCCCGGCUCAUCAGCCCCACCAUCUAUCUGCCCCGGAGUGCUGUCUGCAUGGUCUUCCAGUACCAGGCGUGGGGCAGCAACGGGGUGAUGCUGCGGGUCUGGCGGGAAGCCAGCCAGGAGCACAAGGCACUGUGGGUCAUCAUGGAGGACCAAGGGGAGGAGUGGAGGGAAGGCCGCAUCAUCUUGCCGAGCUACGACAUGGAGUACAGGAUUGUGUUUGAGGGACUUAUACGCAACGGCCACUCGGGAGGGCUGGCCCUCGAUGACAUCCAGCUAGGCACCGACAUCCCACUGGAGAACUGCAUGGAACCCAUCACAGCUUUCCCAGUGAACUUCCCAGGAAUGGAGGAUGACUCUCUGAUCUCUGAGCAAGAUUUUGAAGACAGCGAUGAUCCAGGAACCCCGAAGCUGGACAAUGAAAAAAGCUGGCUCUACACCCUGGAUCCCAUCCUGGUGACCAUCAUAGCGAUGAGCAGCCUUGGCGUCCUCCUCGGGGCCAUCUGCGCCGGUCUGCUGCUCUACUGCACAUGCUCAUACACAGGUCUGUCUUCACGGAGCUCCACCACGCUGGAGAACUACAACUUUGAGCUGUACGACGGCAUCAAGCACAAGGUCAAGAUGAACCACCAGAAGUGCUGCUCAGAGGCCUGA